AUGGUCACGAUGAAAGUGAUGGUGACAGUAACGAUGAUGGUAACUGGAAUGGUGAUGGUAAGGGUUACAGUGACGAUAACGGUAACAGUCACUAUAAUGGUUAUGGUGAUGGUAAUUAACGGUAGCGGAAAUGGUGACUGUAAUGAUGACGGUCACGAUGAUGGUAACGAUGAUGAUCUAGGUAACAGUGACGGUUACAGUAACAGUAACGAUAAUGGUGACGGUAACAAUAACAAAAACAUUAACGAUAAUGGUAACGGUGAUAGUGGUUGUAACAGUGAUGGUAAUGGUGAUGGUAAGGGUAAUGGUAACAGUGACAAUAAUAGUGACAAUAACGGUGAUCACAACGGUCACGAUACUGGUGAUGAUGACGGUCACAAUAAUGGUAACGGUGACGGUGACUCCAAUGGUAAUGGUAAUGGUAACGAUAGUGGUGACAGUAACGGUGACACUGACAGUAACAGUGAUAGUAAUGGUUACGAUAAUAGUAACUGUAAUGGUAGCGGUAAUGGUAACAAUAACGAUGAUGAUAACAGUGACAGUAACUGUUACGAUAACGGUGAGGGUCACAAUAACGAUGAUAGUAACAUUGACGAUAAUGGUGACAAUUGCGGUUACGAUAAAUGUAACAAUGACGGUAACAGUAAGAGUCACGGUAAUGGUGACGGCAACAGUGAUGAUGAUGUCCUAGUGAUGGGAAAGUAA